CUUCACCUGGAGACCACCUCUACAAUGGAGCUUGCACUUUUCUCCGUCCUUGCAGCCAGCUUGUUCUCGCCUCGCGUCCCGGUUUCUCGGCCUUGGAAGGGAGAUUCUUCUUCUUCCUUGUCUCUGCCCCCCAAGAUCUUGGCAUCGCAAAGGUUGAACGACGAAGACCGGAAGUGUGCGCAGCAGCGGAGGGUCCCCACGAACCGACACCGGAAGUAGCUUUGCUGCCGCGUUCGGUCGGCUGCGCUAUGGCGGCGAUCCCCCCAGACUCCUGGCAGCCGCCCAACGUAUACCUGGAGACCAGCAUGGGGAUCAUUGUGCUGGAGUUAUACUGGAAGCAUGCUCCGAAGACCUGUAAAAAUUUUGCUGAGUUGGCACGUCGAGGUUACUACAAUGGCACCAAAUUCCACAGGAUCAUCAAAGACUUCAUGAUCCAGGGAGGUGACCCAACAGGGACAGGUCGGGGUGGUGCAUCUAUCUAUGGCAAGCAGUUUGAGGAUGAACUUCAUCCAGACCUGAAAUUCACGGGGGCUGGAAUUCUCGCCAUGGCCAAUGCGGGGCCAGACACCAACGGCAGCCAGUUUUUCGUGACCCUAGCCCCCACCCAGUGGCUCGACGGCAAGCAUACCAUUUUUGGCCGAGUGUGCCAGGGUAUAGGAAUGGUGAAUCGAGUAGGAAUGGUGGAAACAAACCCCCAGGACCGCCCUGUGGACGAUGUGAAGAUCAUUAAGGCGUACCCUUCUGGGUAGGCUUGCUGCUGCCCUGCGCUCACCCAGAUCUUCGGAGAUGGCCCCAGUGAACCAGCUUCCAGAUGACCUAGAAGGACACGUACUUAAACUCCAUUUUGGCCUUGCAAGUCACAAAACUCAGGAGACCUGGGGGCUUGGGUGAGUUAGAGAUGGAAGUAUAUUUUAAGAGGAUGCUUCUUUUCUCUUCCCCCGGUGCCUAGGUUGACAGAGUGUUUGCAGAAAUGCUCGUAAAUGAUCAUUCACGGGGAACCGCUCAUUGCAAGUGAGCAUACUGCCCCUCCUGGUGUGUGUCUGUGCUGAUACACUUGGAACAAAAUGAAGCCGACUCUGUCAUUCCAUAGAGCCUGACCAAACUUCUUCCUGCAGAGAUUUAUAUUCUGGCCUACACCGCAGUCUUCAGUGGCUGACAGCCACAGAAUUCAAAACCAAGUAGUGUCUAUCAGCCUUCUUAACUCUGUGCACACCCUAUUUCAGUCUCCUACAUUUGUUCUUCCGGGAAUGUAUGCAUCUCUAUAUAUAUUUUCCCUCUCAAAAUCAGAACAUCAACACUGCUGUUUCUGACACUUAGACAUCCCACGCAAAGCCACAUUGAAUUUUUGCCAAAUGAAAAAUGCAUCCAGCAAUCAAGUUUCUAAGAAGGUGUCAAGUGGGGAAUGAUAAUGUGUAAUAAUCAGGAAAGGAAUUUAUUAAAAGGAAGCAGAAAUAUUGACCAUUUUUUCCCCAGGAAGGAGUAGAAAUCUGUAGUGAGCCAUAAAGACAGACUAUGAAUUCUCCUGAAAAAGCAGUAUUGUCAUAAAGGAGAGGCACCACUUAAGUUUUUUUAACCUAAGACUAGAGAAACUAGUUACGAGAUUUUAUAUGUUUUUUAAGUCUUUCUGAUUUUUUUUUUUUUUUUUAAUGGGGUAAAGAGAAAGGAACAUCUAUGUAAUACAUAGAAACUUCCCAAAUAAAAUGCCACUGAUGGUUG